AGUCCUGUGCGCCCCCCUGUUACCUAGGUUUUCAAUCCCUGGCAUCUACAUAAUAACAAUGCACACCAGACGAAGUCUAUUUAAGGCCCUCAGUAACAAUUAUAGGUCAUUUGCUGCCUAAUGCCUGAGGGCAGACAACUAUGAUGCAUUAGAUGGCACUGGUUGAACCACUUGCUUUUUAUUUGCAAAGAGAGUCAAAAUGUACAAGACAACCAUGGAAGACAAUGAGAAUCUGACAAAGUCCUUCCAGGGUCUUGAGACCAAGCUGGACAAAGUAGUUGAAGAGGUAAAGCAUAUCAACAGUUAUCUGGAGAGCAGCAGUGGCUCGAAAUGGUGCACCAAGAAACCUCCGGGGCAGGUGCGUGUGCUGAUCACACCCACCCUGUUCUCACUGAGGGAUGUGGACACCGUCAAGCAGGAGUUCUCAGCAGAACUCUGGUUUGAAAUCUUUUACAAGGACCCUAACCUCAAGGGGGUUACAAACAGAGCGGAUGUAGACUGGGACGAUCAGUGGGACCCGCGGAUUGAGCUGCGGAACACGGUGACCGUCGAGAGUGUGACCUCACAAAACCUGAUCCCCGUGGUUGGUGAGGACGUGCCCAUCGUGCACGAAUUCAGGAAGGUCAAGGCGACCUUUAAGGCUGACAUGGACCUCAAAGACUUCCCUGUUGACCACCAGAAACUGACUGUCCAACUGAUGUCAGGAUGGCCACUCAAGAGGGUGGAGCUGAGAAAGAACUAUGGGUCCAUUGACAACAUCAGUAAAGACGACUUUGCAGAUGCUGAUCAGUGGCAACUAAGUGAUUAUCUGGAGUGCAAACCUGAUACCAAAAGUAACGGGCAGUCUAAAACCUUUGGCGAGUACCCUGUGUACAACAUUAUUGCCCAUGUGCAGAGGAGGACAGCUUUCUACAUGUGGAACACCAUUCUCAUUUUGUUCAUCAUCAUGGCCCUGUCCUUCACGGCUUUCUCCAUCCCACUAGAGGAGCACAAGGACCGCCUGGGCAUCAUCUUUACUCUCCUGCUCACAACUGUGGCCUUCAAGCUGGUGGUGUCCCAGUAUCUACCCACCGUCUCCUACCUCACUUUGUUGGUGAGGACUCAGAGGAGUGCUUUUUCUGGUAGAAACAUGACCGUGACAAACAAAAUUUCUUGACAUACCAGAUAAUUCAUGUUUAUACCUUAGCAUGAAUGUUCAUCUGUAUUCCUGCAUUAAAUUUUGAGAAAAGGGUUGAGAAUUAUUUCCAAAACAAGGAUUACCAGUUCUCUGGUAUUCUUAAAUGUAAGUCAGAACCCAAUUGCUCAGUGAAGUGGUCAAUGAGUUAAAGGUGGAUGGCAGUACCCACCGACCCCCAUCUCUAUAAUACUACUAAAUUUAGUACAUGAUUCAGUGCCCACCAACCUUGUGCUCAAGUAAAGCUAAACUCUCAUACUGUUGAAACCAUGUGACAGCAAUAACAAGGAAAACUAGGCCCAUCUACCUGUGUCAAUUAAUCAUAAUGUUAACAUGAAAUGAAACUAUAUUUCAAAACUGAGUCUAUGGAGAAAAUCUGUUCCCACAGUUCAAGUGAAUCUAUUGGCUAAACUUAUAAGGUAUUUAUAUGCAGGGUGUUUAUUGUUU